UUUUAUCGGACCCUGGCUCGUCCAUAGACAGCGACGCGGAGAGCACCUUGGGCACAGAAAAUCUUCCCAUUUUUAUUUUCCAGCGUUGUUACAAUAUUUAUCCUUUCAAAAAAUUAACUAAAAUUUGAAAAACGCUAGAAAAUAUAUAUAAUUUAAAAUAAAAAAACUCUAUUUUCCUCCCUUCCCUUUCUCUCUCUGCAAACCUUUCUCUCGCUCUGUCUCUCUCUCUUAUUUAUCCAUUCUGACUUCGCCGACAACCGCCAUAUCUCAGCUGUUAGAAAGCUCUGCAAUCUCCCCUGCUUUUCCACAGUUAUUCUACUUAACCCAGAAGAUCUGUCCAUAACUCAGCUGCAUAUCUUUUCAUAUUGUUUCUGGUUGAACUGCUUCAUGUUGCAACUUUAAGUACUCUCUUGAGAACUUCUUCCGAAAUCAAUGAUCGUACAAGUGGGAAGUUUUUCGUUGAUAAUAGUACUGUGGGCAACUUAUUACAGGUUUGAGAGUCUCUGUCACUUAACCAGUGCAAAGCUGUUGUUUGAUCAACUGCAGUGAAUGCAGUGAAAGCUUUUGAAUACAAGAGAAGCAGAGUAUACAAUUUAUACUACAACAAGCUUUACAUAAAUACCUUUCUUGGUGUUUCAACUACUUUCAAAUGUCAGAGGUUGAUAUGGCAGUCAUUAAACCCGAGAUGAUGAAGUCUUAUAUUUGGCUUCAAACUGCCGAUGGCUCAAUCCAACAAGUGGAACAAGAGGUUGCAAUGUUUUGCCCCAUGAUAUGUCAUGAAGUGAUACAAAAGGGCAUGGGAUCCUCCAAGAAUUAUGCUAUAUCUCUUCCUCAGCGAGUCAAUCCUGCUAUGUUAAGCCUAAUUCUUGAUUAUUGCCGAUUUCAUCAGGUGCCUGGUCGCUCUAACAAGGAACGCAAGUCUUUUGACGAAAAGUUUAUUCGAAUGGACACAAAGAGGCUCUGUGAGUUGACGUCUGCUGCUGAUAGCCUUCAGUUAAAGCCUCUAGUUGAUCUUACUAGUCGUGCCCUUGCACGAAUAAUUGAGGGGAAAACCCCUGAGGAGAUACGUGAGAUAUUUCAUUUGCCUGAUGAUCUUACUGAGGAAGAAAAGUUGGAGCCUUUGAAAAACACAACUGAUGACCCACGCAUUCGACUGUUGAAUAGAUUGUAUGCAAAAAAGAGGAAGGAACUAAAAGAGAGAGAGAAACUAAAGAAUGUUGAGGUUGAAGAAGAGCGUGUGGACGAUCGUUCAGUUGAUGACCUCUUGUCGUUUAUAAAUGGAGACAAUGGAGAUGAGGUAAGGGAAUUCUGUUUUGCAGAUUCUAAAGGGAUUAAAACUUCAAAGAGUAAAAAGAAGAACCGAAGAAGAAAAGAUCAGCAGAAGAGCACGUCUGCCAAUGAAGCCAAUAAAAACCAUAGUGAGGAGUCAAAUGGUCUUAACUCUCUAUGCCAUAGUUCUGAAGUUGGUCAGAAAAUUCGGCCCAGUAUUGGUGCUACCUCAAACUUACAGGAUGUUGAAGAUGAUAUUUUUGCUAAUAAGAAUGAGUUUGAUGAUGGUGAUAUUGAUGAUGAGAUUGAUCCGGCAUUGAAGGAAAAACUAGACAGGGAGGUGGAAGAUUUUGCCCGUAGAUUGAAUUCCGAUUGGCCAGAAAGAAUGCAAGAGAUUCUCUCUUUGGGUCAAGAAAGGAAAGCAGUGCAUUUUCCGCUUAAUGGCAAUGGUUCGGUAAGGAGAUAUUCAAAUCAGGAGCAGAGAUGAUUUCAAAGUGAGGAUACUUCCUCAGCUUAGUUCAGAGCCUGGACAAUUUUGAUCAGAUGCUUUUCAGGUGGUUGAAAGAUGGCACCUAGAAGGGUUGGGAUCCUCAUCAUUGUGGAUCCCUUGUAAGUUUUUAACUUCUUAUUUUUUAAUUUUUUUUCUUUGUUGUGCUUAGUCAGGAUGCAAUUUUGAUUGAGAGGGCAACCUCUUUGUAUUUUGAUAAUAGAAAGAAAUAAGAAGGGAACUGUGUUUGUUGAGCCAGUUCUGGUCAAUUACUUUCUAUUGCAGAGGUACCAAGGAAAAAUAAAGUAGCUGGUCAAUUACUUUCACAA